CCUUAAAUAAAAUUAGUUUGCAGUUUCGAAGGAUUGGGGCACUGCAUGUGUGUGGAGUAAAGCCAGUUGUACCUAAGGGAUGUGCGGCCGUGGUGAAAGAUCCUUUUCGACUGAAUUCAUUGAACUCUAUAGAGCACAGCCUUCACUAUGGAACAACAAGACCCAUGAGUAUUCAGACAGGAACAGAAGAGCAGUUGCUUAUGACAUUUUAGUGAAGAAGUUAAAAGAGAAAGACGAGUCUGCCAACAAGGACACGGUGUCCAAGAAAAUCAACAGCUUAGGUUCAGCUUUUCGCAAAGAAUUUAAGAAGGUACAGAGACUGCAGAAAUUGGGAGCAAGUUCAGAAAAUGUAUACCAACCAACUUUGUGGUAUUUUGAUUUAAUGAUGUUCCUUAAGGAUAAUGAAAAAGAGACGUUAAGUAAUAUUGAAGAGGAUCUAUCCGUUGGUUUAGAGUUGGGUCCAUCGGAAGAAAAGCCCAGUGACCCUGAAACCUCAACUGCAGACAAAACCAACAAAAUUCUUGCAAGAAAGCGACUCCGGAAUGCCUCAGCGAGAGGAGCAAGCACUGGCCGCCAUAAUCAGGAAGCUCUCCACGGUUCGAGAGGAAGAUGAAUUCGACGUCUUCGGGAGGAACGUGGCUUUCAACUUGAGAAAAGUACCCGAUGAGGUCCAGCCUUACGUUCAGAAGCUGAUAAAUGAUGUGAUUUUUCUUGCUCAGACGGAUCGGCUCACCGUCAACACCUGUAUUAAGAACGGUUGGGUUUAGUUUGGUUCCAUUUGUUACAAUGGCUAUUCUUGAUGUGACAUAGUGUCUGUUUCAUUUUGCUUCUAAGUUAUCCCCUGUGUGCAAGGAAUGGCUGGGAUUACCAUCCACUGGCGGCUAGGGAUUCGAACGCAGGUCAGGAAGAUUGCUAGACGAGAUCGCUACCGCUGCACCACACAGCACACAAGAGAUAAAAGGCUGUGAAUUAGGCCUUCCAGUAGGAUGGGAUUGUCACCUACGCAACUCCAUCAGGAUCGUCACUGUAUUGAGAUCUAGGUCUUGUAUGCAUUUAUUGACAACUGUGAUAUUAAAAUAUUUUGAUAUUUGUCUAUAGUCUUGCAAAAAUAAAAAGGUAAGUAAAGAGA